UGUGGGGGUGUGAUACCCCCCCCCCCCUUCUAAUAUUUCCAACAAGUCGGUCCCAGACCGGGUAAAAGCAUUAUAAGUAAGGGGUAGCAUUGAUAAGAGCGAAGAAAAACUGCCAAAGAACCAAUACGUGCAGCUUUCCUAUUAAUCGCCCUACAAGUCAUUUUUAUUGCAAAACAAAGAAAUGUGGCGCGGAAUGACUUCCCUGGAAGUUAGUCUUAUUUUCAACAAACGUGAAGACUUGAAGGCGAAUUUCGAUGUCAUCAAAACAUAGCUGGUAUUGUGAUCAUUUCAGCUAAUGAUGCCCUCGUGACACUAUCAACCCACAAACUAUCAACAGGGCACCGAAGUGAUUUCGUCAAAAAUUUAUUUUAAGAAUUUUUUAGUUUUAUCAUAUUACCCAAAAAAAUAUUAUACAAUACAUCAAAAUGUGCAGAACCAGUUGAGUUUGUUAAAAUUGGCUGAGAUACGGUCACUUUGGCACAGGCUUUUCCCCGUCAAACCUCUGUAAUUUGGUCUUGGUUCAUACCUUUAUAUCCGUAAUCAAUUAGUAAAUCUAAAACCUUUCAUCAUUGGCCAUAUUACAUCCCGCUCUAUAAAUACCAUACCAACAUUUUUAAAAUUGUUGGAAACCCUAUUGUAUGUAUUGUAUGACAAACCUCGCAAAUAAUCGAAACAGUGUUCUGCGACGAUUGCUGACAAAUUACACCAUGGAAAAAUCUGGCUUAAGCAUAUGCUUACAUUUUACAAAAGUUGUCGAAUUAUUCAAUUACAAAAGUCGAUUUAUUCAAUUACAAAAGCUCUAUCUAGAUGAUAAGAUAGAUUAUCAACGUAUGUUCUCAUCAAAUACUAAAAAUGUUUCGUCGAAAUUCAGCUCUUUCCUAACUUCUUCAUUCUUCCUGAUAUUUUUUUAUUAUGACUCCUUUGCAAACCUGUCAUAAUAAGAUUUGCAAGAAUAUCGUUUUAUUCAACGCGUUUGAGGCCCUUCCUCCGUCUUGCAGGACCCAGUGUGUAUCGGGCCAACAUAUCAUUUCUUACGAGUACACCGAGAUUGUACUCGUAAUAAAUGUAUAUUUUUCAGUUCAUUUUCUUUUUUCAAGCAGACGGAACCCCCUCUCCCCCCUUUAUACAAUGUUGUGAAGAAGGAUGAACAUGUCGCUAAACAUGGGUUAUACAAUUUGCGCGCCAACAUACAUUUGUUGUCAUUUUCCAGUCGCAAUCCAACAUAUGGGGGGAGAGGAGACGUUUAGUAGGAAAGAUGAUUGGACUGUUCAAACACUUUUGGCGGGCAUUGUAGGUUACGACAAGCCAGUUAAAAAACCAGGAAGAGAACUGGUUAGGGCCGUUCCACCUGUAACGACACCAAAGUCAUCAACUCCACAGACAGAGUCAGCGUCAAAAUGGUUAAUGAAAAAUACCAGGUAAGUCUUCCCUGGAAGAAAAAUAUUGUAGAACCUUGUAGAUUCUAAACAACAUUCAUUGUCACUGGUUUUGAAAGAUUUUCAAAACAACGGAAAAUUGCUUGAAUGCGCAAAGGGAGUCAAACUCGAAUUCGCUCCGCAUCGUCUUACAUAGGUACUAACGAUUUCACUAUAGCUAUUAUUCGGUUCCUGUACAAGGUUUCGAUCAUUAACUAAAUGGGAUGGUGUCAAGGCGUAUGACACCCUUUCUGUGUCAUCGUGGGUUAAAGGCCUAGCAUUAAUUACACUUUCAGUUUCGAUGAGAAUGGUACUGAGUUCGAUAAGUAAGGCAGACUUUCCACUAGCCCGGGUUAAAACAAAAGCGGGUUAAAAGUUAUCCGUUUCUGCGUCGCGUUCCCACGAAGAGGUAAAUUAUUGGAUGGGAAGAACUAUUGUUUGGAGGAAAUCUUAAAAUUACGUUUCUUAUUAUCCUUAAAGACUCAUUCUAACAAUGAGCCAUUGCGCCCACUGAUUGCGCCACGUAAGCAUCCCAUAAUGCAUUUUUAGACUGUCUAAAAUCAAUUACUGCCAUUGUUUGGACCGUCGCCACGCUUGCAAAGGCCCAUUGUAAGUCUUUAAAGUGCACUUCAAACCAACAAUUUGUUUGCAUUUAAUUAACCAUAUAUUUGCAAACAGAGAUAUUGACGACACAGCAACUAAUAAUUCUAUUGUAUUUACAUUAGCUUUGUAACCCAGCUUACUUACUCACUUUGUUUUAGUUAAUCGCAUUCUUUCGAGGUACUUUAUAAUCGUUAUGUAGAUAGUUAAAGCAGUCAUUCGAAAUAAAAGACGAGGAGAUAUCAAGACAGAGAAACAAGUUGCUUUUACUUUCGUCUAUCUGCACCCAUUGUAGGUUGAGAUUGAAAAUCUUCCUAAAUUCAUUCGAAACGUCUGGUUGCGUGGAUUCGAUUGAAGAUGCAGAAAGGGAACAUUCACCGUCUUCUCUAGAAGCGUUUGAAAUCGAGGAAAAAGAGCGUUCAAUACUUGACCUACAACUUAAAAUUGGGAUUACAGUCAAGGACUCUAUUUCAUUGUGGAACUUUUCCAAGCAGUCAGGGAAAAUUUAGAGCACUACCAUUUCAAUGGUCUGAUUCCACAAAUAAUCAGAAUGAAUGGAAAAGAGUCACUCGAAACUGACUUCGACAAGGAAAACUGCCUAGACCAUUGUUAUGCCGAAAGUAUAGAGCUACCUGCGGCGGAAAUAAUUGAAAAUUUACACAACGCAAAGAAAUUUGCCAUUGAUAUUGGUGGUUCCUUAGCAAAAGUUGCGUAUCUAUCAGAGGCUAGCAGGAUAGGUGCAAGGCAUUACUGUAGGGGUGGGCCAUCAAUUAGUCCUGCAGAUGAGGUAGGAAAACUGCCCGUCUCCACUGCGCAAGAAGAACAAGAGAAAGUAGCAAAGCUGCACUUUAUCAAGUUUGAAUCAAUCGAAACCUGCGUGGAUUUUAUCCAAGAGAAUAUUUUUGAUCAUCGAAGUGAAACUGAAGAUGAAUCGAUGCAAAUCACCGGUGGCGGAGCUUUCAAAUACGCAAACUUCUUUUCAUCAAAGCUUGGAGUGAAAGUUGACAAGCUAGAUGAAAUGGCAUGUUUGAUAAGAGGUUGCAACUUUUUGUUGAAAAAUAUUCCAAACGAGUGUUUUACAUUUCAAAAAGACGAUGAUUUGAAGAAACCGAUAUACACCUUUCAAAAUGUCGACUCCCGCAGCUUAUUUCCGUAUUUAUUGGUAACUAUUGGAACCGGUGUCAGCAUUGUCAAGGUAGACAGUGAAAGUCAAUAUAUAACACUUGGAGGGACAAGAACAGGUGGUGGGACAUUUUUGGGACUUGGUUCCCUUCUGACUGGCGCAAAGGGCUUCGAUGACUUGCUGCACCUUGCAACGAAUGGUCAACACAAUAAUGUCGAUCUGCAGAUCCAAGAUAUUUAUGGUGGUGAUUAUUCCAUGAUUGGUCUCCCAGGGCAAUUUACUGCUAGCAGUUUUGGAAAAGCAGCUAGAAUGUCUCGCGAGGACAAAGAAGGAAGCGCGUUUAACAAGGCCGACCUUGUGGAGAGCCUCCUCCAUAUGAUUUGCGAUGACAUAGUCCAGAUAUCAACCUUAUUUGCUCAGAUUUAUGGGCUUGAAAGAAUUUUCUUUGGCGGGAACUUCAUCAGAGGUCAUCCACUGACAAUGCACACUAUAAGUUUGGCAGUCAAAAUAUUUUCCAGGGGCAGCAGACUGGAGGCUUUAUUUCUGAGACACGAGGGCUACUUAGGUGCUGUUGGUGCAUUUGUUGCCGGAGCGAUAAAAAAUGCACCGACAAUGAAUGGUCUUGUUUCAUGGCAUGAAAAAGGAGAAGAUCAUUCGUUACCUUCGGCGCUCUGUGACUUAGAUAAAUGCCGAAAGUCUUGAAGUCACAAUCAAGAGUCCAUGACUUGCUUUAUACCUUUGUAAAAUUUUGUUCGGGAGAUGAUUGACUGCAUGAAUCAGCUUCAGUUUUAGAUUUAUCAACGACAUAACUUUAUCAAGUACAAUUAAGAAAACAUUUUACAUCACUUUCAUUAAAAUAGUGGAUUAUUUUACAAACACAGUACAAGCAAAAGACUUCAGUCGAUCAACCUCAAAUGACACUUGACCAACUGCUCAAAGGUGAUAUCCCGCUGUUUUUAGAAUUGCACCUUUAAGAAUAUUUGCCUGUGAUAGCUAUUUGACUAUUAAACUCGUUUUUGACUUUGCUUGAAAUCAAAAAUAGCUGCACUACUUUUCGUAAUUUGAUUUAUUCAUAUUGGAUUAAUUAAGCAAUGCACUCAUCUCAUGUUCUUUGUUGCUCGACCCGAUAAUGACAAGCCAGAACUAGUGGAUCUUGUUGCAAAAGUUCCGACUCUCCUGAUUUAAGGUAAGGGUCUUCUUAUUAAAGAGUUCAGCUCCCAUUUCAAACUUGACCUCCCGCUUUCAGGAAAUUUACUUAUAAAUCCUAUAAAUCCCAUAUCCAAAAACAUGUUCAGCGAAUAAAUAAUAUCUACACAAACGUAUUUGAAGCUUAUCACAAAAAAAUAAAAAUCUUAAAAAAAUACAAAAAAAAGGAAGGAAAAAAAAUUAAAAAAAUUAAAAAAAAGAAAAAAAGUACUCAAAAAGUAAAAAAAAUUAAAACAUACCAAAAAGAAAAAAACAAAUUAAAAAAUAAAAAUUACCACUCAAGACCCUUUAUCAGGUUUUGUAAUAAAGAUGUUAUUGUUAGCCCGUAGAGAUUUUAGUGGUUGGAAAUGCUCUCUAUGCAAAAGAAAAUCAGGGUGGUCGAUGGGAGAGCCGCUAUACGCAUAUGCCAAAUCGCUUAGUCGUGCUCGUAAUUUCUUAAAUUCCAAAGGGUUAGAAAUCUCACGUUUGGCAAGUUGAGUGUGUAUAAUUUCGAAUUAACCAAAGAGUUCCUCUCUGUUGAUUGUUUGGGGUGGGAUACAAAAUUCAAGUACACUACCUGAGACAAAUGUUUCAGUAUCGGAGAGCGAAUAAUCCGAAAAAUUGAAAAUAUGUUUUUGGGUAUCGCUCAACUUAGACAGGACAUAUAGCCUGACAAUCUGACAUUGAAGCUAAUGUUUGCUUUCUCGACAGAUUCUCGUAGUAGGGAGUCCAGGCUUUCAUAUUCUGCCAGGUAACUCUUUUGAAAAUGCCUGGAUGCCACGGGACUGAUGACGUCAUUUAAGUUUAAAAAAUCAUUUUCAUUUUUUUUUCAUUUUAAAAUUAUUUAUGCACGGUAGCCCCGUCAGUCAUGACUGCUUUUCAGGGGGCCGUGCCAAAAACUUUACAAAUUAAAAAAUCUACUAAAAUUAAUAACAAAAAAAGGAAACUAAUUACAAUCAUAAAUAAUUUAUUUACAACUAUUUACAUUAAAUUUACAAAAAACCCUUUAUCCUGUUCUUAAAAGAAGAUAAAGAGGGAGCUUGCUUGGCCUCGCGGCUGAGAUCAUUCCAGAUUUUUGCUCCACGAAAUGCGAUGAAUGGCACUAGCAAGUCAGUUUCGGCAUUUCUAAGGUUGAUACAAUUGCGUUCAGAAUUUCUAACAAAUAAAUGCGAGAGAUAAUCAGGCGCGAGACUAUUAACAGAUUUAUAUACAGUUGUUGCAGUCUCACUUCUGUCAUAUCCCUCACAGUUGGCCAUUUAAUUCUGUAAUCAAAGCUUCAGCAGGAGCAUCGUAGCUGCUAUUUGUAAUAAUUCUAGCGGCUCGAUUCUGCAAUUUUUGAAGCUUAACCAGUCGGAACUCUGCACAGCUCCCCCACACAGUACAGCAGUACCGAAAAUGUGGCUCUACAAUACCUCUAUAUAGUUUGCAAAGUACAUUUUUUGGCAAAAAUUUCUUUGCAUAUUUUAAAAAACCUAACGAGCGGGAGACUUUGGCUUGAACAGAUUUAAUUUGCUCGUCCCACACGAGGUAUUGGUCAACUUGGACACCAAGUUGUAAUCAGUUGUAAUCAAGUUGUAAUCAGACAAAGUUAUCGCUAGCUCUUUACUGGAUUGUUAUUUUUUGACGCAAAUUGCAUAUUUUGACUCGUCUCGUUGCAAGCUUUCAACUGAUGUAUAUUUAAGCAUGAUUUGACACCAUCAGUAUUUUCAUUAUAACGUCAUCAAAAAUUUUGCAUGAAGUCAUCAAAGAUCUUAUUGUCAUUAAAUGAUAAGUUGGCAAAACUUUGUAUUAGUAUGAGGCUGGAUGUCAGCAAAAGCAUUUCCUCAAUAAUUUUUUCAAUCAAAUAAUUAGUAUUUAGAUUCUUCUAUUUAUCACAGACAAUAACAAUUUAUGUGUGCCGGGCUGGAAUUGGAACAAGUAUGUUGGUCGCCAUUUGUCUUAUAGUAGAUGUAGGGCCAACAAAACUUCGAAUAGCUGCGGCAAGGUCCAAGAAGUACGUAUUCAAUAUCUCCGCAAGUGGUAGUUCAUCUGGACUAACGAUGGAUAAGUCGCUCAUUACAGCUUCAUACAGUGUGCUCUUAACGGUCUUUCUGAUGGCACCAUCUGCUGUGCUGAGAGGCAUCGAUACUGGUGCAAGCGGAAAUGACAGGGUGGUCUCGAGAUCCACACCUGCUUCAUGCUUGUUCGAGUAAGCAACUAGAAUGCCAAGAAUGUCUCUCUGAAAUGUGAGCUCUUUUUCUUUUCCUUUAAUCUUUAGCCUAGUCUUAAGUGAUGAGUCCUUGGAGGUUGUCAGAGGCUCUCUCUUGAUGGGACCAAAAAAUUCUUUAUCUGCAGGACUUUUGGUUAACCUUUCUUUAAAUUCAUUCAUUCAAUCUCUUCCCCUUGCCUCCAUAGUCAACAAGCAACUGCUGACUUUUUCUUCUACAGGAUAGCCGGACACCAAGUUGUACAACUGGUCCUUGUCAAGGUUUUGGCUAAACGGAUUGAUGAAAUGAUCCUUAAAGGUUGCUUUUAUUUUCUCAACCAUUUUGUUGGACUUAAUGAAUUUGCUUUGCCGGAGACAUUUUCGUGUGUUUGACAUGGUGCUAUCGAUUUCUGCUAUCUCCAUCAACGAUUCAGUAAAUCUUGCUUGGAAUGGUCGAUACAUUACCCACUUUCUAACAGUAUUUUCUUUCGUUGCAAACAGUGUAACAUCACCAGUAAAAAAGCUAUAUAUGAAAUGCAAAUUCAAAUGAGAAGAAAGCUACAAUAAAAGAUCUCCCUGCAAUAGUGGUGCAUAGAUGAGCAUCAAAAGACCCCUUACCAUGUGGUACAGUUCUAUCAUGCAAACUAGUGGGCAUUUAGAAGUUGACAACAAAGCAUCAUACAAAUAAUUUCUAUCAAAUGUGACUGAACAUUUCGGAAAUUGAAUAGUACCUGUUGUCUUUGCUGAUCGCAUGUAACUCUGCUCUCCAGCUAGGUCGAUUGACUGUCCAAUUCCAAGCUUAAUACGCCGAAUUGAUAGGCCAACACCCUUGAUCUCAUCUUUUGCUCCAGGAUGCGUGCUGUCUAUGUGUUCCAGAAAUUGAAGGUAGUAUGUACCGUACCUUGAAUAGUGCACACGAUUCGUAGCAAAGCAGAGUGGUAAAGAGGCAUUCCAGAUUAUCAUUCUCAGAUCGUAGUCAUUGCAAUUCACUGAAUAAUGUAGCAUGUGCUGUCGAUUCACCAUCUUCAUGUAUUCGGUCAAGUACUGGGGUGUUCUCCCGAAAUCACCAUUUAUACAUCAACAUUUUGUAGAUUGAUAUCGGCUAAGAUACUCCUUUACAUCAUCUUCGUGAAUGACUGUCGGAACACCUGUGACCUAUGGAGGCCCUUUGAAGUAUUUUUUAAUUGAAUCUGGCAUAUCUGGCAAAAAUCUAUCGAAGAAAAGACGUUCAAGUACUUCUGCAAAUGCUUCAUGAACUAGCCAGCAUCGGUUAUAUUGCUUCCCACAAGUUUUUUCUGUCAUUUUCAAUCGAUGUGGGUGGUGUGAUGAAGUGUUUGUUAUAUUUUGAAAAGGUAUAGACAACACUUCUAAUAAAACUUCCUUUGGUAAAGGUAGUUUACUUUUACUUAUUUCUGAAAGUGAUGUACCCAGAAACCUGGAAGAGACUAAAGGUUCGGUUUGGCCAGGGUUCCAAUCACUCGGUUCUCAAUCGUCUCUCUUUUGUGAACAUAUUCAUGACCUCUCACUCCGGCCUAUCACCCUGUCCGAAUCUUCUUUAUAGCAGAGAGACAGUAAUUGGUAGAUGUAGAUGAAUUACGUUGUAAAAUGUUUGUCAUUUCUUGUUAUGUUAGAACUUCAUUUUACAUUGUGAAAACGAGGCUGCUUGCCCUCCUGACAAGCCAAAAUUAUAUGUUUAACGUUAAUGCCCAGCAAGCAUAGCGGUCAAAUCUUUGAUUGGCCGAGAGCUCUGUUCGCUACCAUGUUCUAAGCUAAUCAGCACACAGGAUUCUCACAACAAAAUCGCUUCGCAGCUAGAAUUAGGCCCAUUUUCGCCAUUUCAGCGUGUUUUCACCACAUUGUCUACGAAAAACAUUGCACACCUCUAUAAAGCGAAUUUUCACUUUGGUUGUUGGAAUGGUUUCUGAAGACAUGUUGUGUAGUGCACGUGUUUAGCACAAGUCGCAUUUUUAUUUAUCUUCGGUCAAGGGAGAUGUCUUUUUCGGAACCUCUUCUCUGACAAUUUUUGUUCAAGAAUUGUACCACUCUAGUGCUUGACAAUUUUCAAGUGAUUUUCAUUGCCUAACAAAACAGCUUUUGGAUGUAUCAUUUCCUAUCAUGGGGAAAAUGUGUAAAUUUUCCUGGAUUCUUCAAACUCUGGUUGCAAAAUGUCCUCAACUUUCUAAAGG